AUCUAUCGUGAUCAAAUACUAAAUUUAUUAUCAAUGCAAUUCUGGAGCAGGAUUUGAUCUAACUCUUCUCCCGUGAAAUAAAAUUAUUCUUACAGCAGACAUGUAUAUUUCUUAAUGUGCUAAAAUACCUUUAUUUACUUCAAUUAUUCAUUCCUUCACAUUUUGUUACCAUGACAGAGAAGUAUCCUGGUGAUGAUGUUGAAUCUCCUAAAAAAGGGCCAACUCUUUCAACAAGCACAAGUAGUUUUGAAGCUCUUGAUCCUCAUGACCCAAAUUUAAGUCAGAUUGCUAAUACUAUGUUCCAGAAAACUGGAGAUUACAUUUCGGGAGAGUUGACCUUAGCUCAGGAAGACUAUAAAUUACUAGAAAGUAUGAAUAAUGCAACUGUCACAAAAUUUGCGGACAUGCGGACGGUUGCGACCAAUAUUCAGAAAUCUAUGUCUGAUUUGAAUGACAAAUUUAAAAGUUUAGAGCCGUAUUUGGAGCAAAUAGCAAAAAUAGAAGAUAGUGCAAUGAAGUUAGAACAAGCUGCAUAUAAACUCGACAACUAUACAAAACGGAUAGAGGCAAAAUUUAAAAUGAUCGAGAAGAAAACAUAAUUUGGUACAGAAACGAGCUUUUAUUUUUUUAAUUUUUUUUUUUUGUGUGUAUGUGGUGGUGGUGGUGGUGAGGAUGUGGACUUAAGGGUGUUCACUUUGUGAAACUUUCACUAAUAGCUACUGAAGGUCCACAGAAUGGUUGAAGGAGAGACUGAACAUUCUUUAAUAUAAGUUGUCAGCAGCAUAGAGAUAAAAGUUUUUCCCUUAAGAAAAGCUUCUGCGUGGAAAUUCAUGAAGUUCUCCUUCUUCUAAAUUUGAAUAUCUCAGCUUUCCAGCUUGAAAACACCCUUCAUUCAUGUCUUCUCUCAUUACAUAUUUGAUAUACUUUUCUGAUCAUUGUGCUUCAAUUUUGGUCCAAAUUGUUUUGUAAGUUAAUUGACACUUUCCUAUUUGAUCAAAACUCUUAUUAUGAAUUUGGUAUUAACUUAUGUAGAUGAAUUCCGUUGUGCCCAAUUUCAACCAAUAUGUUGUUCUUAAUGAUUCAAGCAAUAGUUCAGCUUUAGCUGAGAUAAGAAAAAAUGAAACAGGCACCAUAGCAUCAACACCAAGAUACUGGCAUUUGAAGCUAAGGAAGGUCUAUGCUGUCAGCCCCAAAAUUCCUGUAGUAGCACCUACUUCAAUUGAAAUGCAUGUGACUUUUCGUAUUUCACCCCUAAAUCUAGUCCGACUUGAUUCUGUUUCCAACAAAAGAAGUUGUCUUGCUCACAUAAUUCAGUAGGGUUGAGAAAAUUUUUCAAAAAGAUCUGCAUAAGAGUUAUAUACGAGUAUUAACUAUCAAUAUUUUUAUGAAGACUGACAAGUACAAUUAUUUUCUCGUUGAAUGCACUUUAAGGGCCUUGCGUUCAUCUUCAGCAGUAAUGGCCUUGGACCAGGCCAGUCACUAAAGACUAGAGCAGGGCCUUUGAAUCACAUCCAAUCUAAAAAUAAUCAUGCAAACGAGUCUUUUUAAAACUGCUGAUAGUCAAUUCGAAUUGUCCUGGAAGUUCAAGAGGUGAGGAUGAAUUCAGUGUUAAGUUUUUAGACAUCAAAAGUUUUUUUUUUAAAAACGUUUAAUAUCAACUUUACGGAGAAUUAUCAAAGAACUGAUCCAGGUUCAAAUCCUUUAUAAAUUUAUCAAGAUUAAUACUUGUUGAAUUCUUGCAUUUCUGUGAUAUUUCAGCCAUCAAUUCCUUUAGUGAUCCCUGAAAUGAGUUCAUGAAAAAAAUAAAAAAAAUUAGUGAAUUCACUGAAUUUUUACUCCAAAAGUGACUGUGUCCAAAGCAGUGAAAAGUUUCAAAGUGAAAACAAAUUUAAUGUUGAGGUAUAAAAAAAAUAAUUUUAUAAUUGAAAAUCUGAAUAAUAUAAUGUUACUAAUAAAAAUGCACUAGGUUCCGAUUUCGUAAAUCUAUCUUUGUAUAUGUUCCAUCAGAGAACUUGGAAGAGUUCCUAGAUAUCUUAGAGCACUUUUUCUGGCGAUUUAGCCUUCAUAUGCGUUACGGAAGUCUGCUGCCAUUGGGGAAAUAAUAUUUUUUUAAAAAAAAAGAGCUUAUAUCCUUCAUUUACUCUAGUCAUAUUACACAUUUUUUCAUCAAUUUUAUCCUUUGGAAUCCUAUCAAAUCAAACAACCCUUUAAGAUAAAUUUCGUUUUAAUUAGAAAUGUGCUGUUUGGAUGAAUCAAAGAGACUUUUCUACUGAGUAAGUAACUUAUUUAAAAGGAAGGAUAAUGUAUCAGUUUCAAGAAAAACUACCAAGACAAAGAAGGAAACUCACUAUAUUCUCCUUUCCGUAAGUUGGAAUAUCAAUCGCAACUGAUUUAUAGUCCAAAAAUUGCAGCAGCUCCAUAAAAUCUAUUAAGUUGUCCGGCUCUGUAAUGCUAAAUUGGAAAAAGAGUGGUGAGAUACUUACAAAAGAAUUAGUACUUUUAAUGUCACUAUACUUAACCUACCACUCUUAAUUCAUUGAGACAUUUUUUUUUUUUUUUUUUUUUUUUUUUUUUUAUGUAUGUCUGUAGACGAUGCUUCAGUUUUAAUUAUCGAAAGAAUUAAGUGCAACACUAGAUUUUCAGUGGUGAGAAUAUGAUCGUUAAUUCAAUGCCACAUCGUUCUCUUCAGUGUGUCACAAUUUUACGAGUCAAUCACCUAUAGAAGUUGAAUCUCUUACUUUUGGGGGUAAAAUCUCAGAGAAAAUCAAAUCUAAGAUAAAUGUGUUUGCUUGCUUCUUUUGAGCUUUUUGGUAUAUAGGUCAUCCUCCCCCCGCUCUGUGAAAAUUGGAAUUAAUUAAUUAUUUUGAAUUUUUAUAUAUACUUGAAAUAAAGAAGAAUCAAAUUUUAAUGAAGAA